AUGGACUUAAAGUUCAGGUUACUCAGACACAGCUCAGAGCUUCACGUGGAUCCAGCAGCAGCUGUCUUUUACAUCUAUUGUCUAAAACCUUGUCCCACCGACGCUCUCCCCUUGAGCCGGUCUUCCCUGGUGCGUCCUGCUGCAGCCAUGGGCAACGCCAAGAGCGGUGUGGUGUCCAAAGAAAUCCUAGAGGACCUGAAACUCAACACCAAGUUCUCUGAGACGGAGAUCGUCCAGUGGUACGAGAACUUCAAAAAGCAGUGUCCGUCCGGCCGCAUCUCUCAGGAGGAGUUCCAGGCCAUCUACUCCAAGUUUUUCCAGGAGAGCGACGCCAAGAGCUACGCCCAGCACGUGUUCCGCUCCUUUGACACCAACGACGACGGGACUCUAGACUUUAAGGAGUACAUUAUCGCGCUGCACAUGACGUCCACCGGGAAAACCAACCGCAAGCUGGAGUGGGCCUUCUCUCUGUUCGACGUGGACAAGAACGGAUACAUCACCAAGAACGAAGUCAAGGAGAUCUGUGGGGCCAUUUUUAAGAUGAUUCCAAAGGAGGAGAUCAAUUCUUUGCCUCAAGAUGAAAACACAGCGGAAAAGAGAGCAGACAAACUGUGGAAGAUCUUUGACAAACCAAACGACGGGCGGGUGGCAGAGGGAGAGUUCAUUCAGGGAGUUCUGGACGACGAGACAGCUCUACGUUUGAUCCAGUACCAGCCGAUGAAGUAA